GCUGUGAGAUGCCAUAAAUCUGUCCUGGUGCUGGCUCGUGGCUCUGCUGCUCCAAGGGUUUGCAGCCCUGGGCACUUGGCAGCUGUGUCCCCCCCUCUCCUGCUUCCUCCCCCCAGCCUGCCUGAGGCUGAGUCUGGGUGGUGGGAGAGCCUGUCCUGCUUGUGCCACGUGUGCUCAGGGCUGUGCUGCAUUGAGGGCUGGGGGAGUCCCUGCAUGCUCCUUGCACCUCCUGCUUGUGCCCUCCCUGUCACCACCACUUCUCCCCUGCCUUGAUUCUCCCUGCCCUGCCCUCCUGCUCCCACCAGCCCAGGAUGCUGGGAAAGCACAACCCCAGGGUCUGGGGGUGCCCUGCUGAGCUGGGGGCUCCCCUCACUGUGCAGUCACUGGCCCUCAGUCCUGAUACCUCCAGGGGGUGGCACGAUGCCUCCCUGACCGGCUGCUGGGGCCCUUCCAGGCCGCUUUGCUGUUCCCGCUGUUAUUUUUAUCGGAUGUCAUGGAGUCUAUUGCUGGCGCCUGCGGCACCGGGUGCUGCUGGCAGCACAUUCCCCUGUGCUUGGCAGGAGGCCACUGUGGAGCUGGGAGGGGCUGUCCAGGGCUGGCCCUGCCCGCACUUCCCCUGCCCAGCGUGGCCCUGGGCUGGCUCUGGCCCCGGCUCUGCUCUGCCUGUUGCUGGUUCACAUCGGUGCUGGUGCUGCUGUGGCACAGCCCCCCGUCCCUCGGGGCUCUGUCAGCCUGCGGGGGUGUGGGGCUGAGCCCUGGCGGCCAUGGCCUAUCUGUGGAUGCUGGGCUGCUGCUGGAUAUGGUUCCCCCAUCCCAGCCGUUUCUGCCCUCGGGCUGGGCUCUCCCUGCUGUGGCAGGUGCCCAGCUCCAGCCAGGGGGAUGUGAGUGCUCCUGCUCUCCUUGGAGCUUGCACCAGUGAUCCUCAGCCAUGGCCAGGCUCAGCCCCUCAGCUGCUGGCUGUACAAUGGUUCGUGCAGCUUCCUGUGUCCUGUGCCCUGUCCCAGGUACAUCCCAACCUCCAGCCCUGCCUUCUCUUGCUGCUCCUGGAGACCCCAGUGCUGCCAGCUGGGGCCAGGCCAGGGAGCUGCUGGCAGUUGGCUGUGCCUGCUGUGUCCAGCCACACUUGCUGGCUGAGCUGCUGUCCGAGGGCUCUGGGGUCGGGCAGGGCUUUGCCUCCUGCAUCCUGGGCCCUGGGCCAGGCUGCCAGCAGAGCCUGGACACAGUGGGCAGUAGCACGUGCCUGCAGCCGUGACCCUCCUGUCCCUCUCUGCCUGUGGAGAGCAGUCCCCUGCUCCUGCCAUGGCAAGGCUGUGGGCAUGAGGAUGGUGCCCUACUUAGGUUUGGGCCCCAUUCGGAGUCCUCUGGUCACAAGAACAGUCGGCUAGGCACCCCGGGCACCAGGCUUGGCUGGGAUGGAGGCUCUAACCCCGCACAGCAGCUGUGGCUGGGCUGUGCUGGUGGCACCCUGGGGAGGCAGUGGUGCCAGAGUCAUUGCAGGAGGCUGGAUCUGGCUGUAUCCCCAGGCCCAGGCAGGGAUGCGCAGACAGGUCUGUCCCUCCCAGCACAGCCUCAUCACUGCUGGGCACUGUACCCAGAGCCUUCAGCACUGGAUGGGUGACAGCGGUGCCUGCUGUGUUCUCCCUGAGCGCCGUGCCCUGCACACAGCUCCUGGGACUGCAGCUCCUGGGAGUGCUGCUCACGCAGGCAGCCAGUGCCCUGGCUGUGCUGGCCUGGAGUCCAGCACCUGCUGCCACCCCCUGCCCGGUGCGGUUGUGGCCCAUGAGCUGGUGGGACUGCUCUGCCAUCGUGGGGUCGUGCGGGGGCUCUCAGGGCUGGGGAACAGACUCUCGGAUCUUGGGGCUGGUCUGGGGUGGGAGAAGGAGCCUGUGAAGCACCAGGUGGUGCUGCUGGGAGUGCAGCAGCUCUGUGGGGCUGCAGAGCCUGGGCUGGCCCUGCCGGUGAGCUCCAGGGACUACAUGGCAUGGUGUGGGGACAGGGAGCUGGGCCCUUGUCCCUGAGGAACCACCGACAAAGUCCCUGGGGCAGGGCCGGUACCGAGCUGGUCAUGGCUGGGGCUGUUGGGACAGGGGCUGUGGGGCCAGCGCCCGCCAGGCUGAGGGCUUGCUGGGCUCAGGGCUUCCAAGGACGGAGCAGAGCGGCAGCGGGGCUGGAGACCUGCCAGGGAACCGUCCCAGGGAAGCGGGGAGAGUGAGCAGGAGCCGCCAGGGCCGGGGGAGCAGCUGGGGGGGCAGCACUGGGCCAGCUGAGUUGCGUCGAAGGGGUCAGGAGUGUAGGAUGGAGCAGGAGCUGCCAGAGACCCAGCCGGGCAGCACCCCACCGGGGACACUGAUCUGGAAACAGGGCCAGGAGCUGUGCCAGCAGCCAGCUGUGGCAAGGGGUUGGGACAGCGUGGGCAGCAGGGAGCACGUUCUGCCCAUCCCGGCUGGUGGGGGGGCAGGGGGGCAGACACAGGCAGACAGCUGCUCUCCGGGGAGGGGAUCACAGUCGGCAGAGCCUGCUUGGUGUUCAGGGAGAGGUUUGGGGUGCUGUGGUAAAGGCUGUGGUGGAAAUCACGGGCAGCAGCUGGGCAGGCUCUGCUCUGAGAGCCCCAGGCACCGUGGACCCUGGAUGACAGGUCAGCCCCAUGCCCGGGUCACAGGGAGGAGGUGCAGCUGGACACCGUUUCAGCCAGAGAUGCUGCGGUGUCCUGAGAGGCCUGAGGCACUCGGCAGAGUGGGACACCUGUGCCGUGGGGUUUGGUGCAGGCAGUGGGGAGCUGCAGCUGGGACAGAGCCGGCAGGGCUGGAGCAGCCUCAGGCAUCCUGGGGCAGGACGGCAGCAGCAGCGGUGCUGGGACAGGGGCCCAGCCGUGGGCAGGUCACACAGGGGUCUUUCCCACCUAAAUGGGCUGUGCUGGUUGCAGGGGCCCUCAUGGGAGCUGGGGAUGUGAUUGCGCAGCAGCUGGUGGAGCAGCGGGGGCUGCGCGGGCACCACUGCCCCCGCACCCUGAAAAUGAUGGCCAUUGGCUUCUGCUUCGUGCCGUGGACAGGUCCAGUUCCAUGGAGCAGGAGCAGCAUAGGACAAGCUUGUCCUUGUGGUCCAGGGCUGGAGCAGGGCCAUGUAACCAGCCCUGGAGGUCCGCCCUGUGACCAGGGAGGGCAGGUGCUUCUCCUCACCCCCUGGCUCCUGCAGGGCCCCAUUGUGGGCAACUGGUACAGGAUCCUGGAUCGGCUCAUCCCGGGGAAUACAAAAGUUGUGGCUGUGAAGAAGAUGGUCCUGGACCAGGGGGCUUUCGCACCGUGCUUCCUUGGCUGCUUCCUGGCUGUCACGGGGGCCGUGAACGGGCUGUCGGUGCAGGAUAACUGGUCCAAGAUCCAGCAGGACUACAUGGAUGCCCUGAUGACCAAUUACUGUGUGAGUGCUGGCAGAUCUGUGUCCCUGUCCCAUCUCCAUGGGGCUGCCAUGGGCUCUGUGGGACACCGAGUGCCAGGCAGGGCUGGGUGUGGGGCAGGGACUCUGGCAGGGCUCCUCACUGCUCUUUCCCCUUCUCUGCCCAGAUCUGGCCACCUGUGCAGAUUGCAAACUUCUACUUUGUGCCCCUGCAGCGCAGGUAGUGUUGCGCCCCUGGCCCCCAGUCCCUGGCCCCCUGAGCCAGUGGCUGCAGACCCUGUCCCUCUUGUCCCCAGGCUGGCUGUUGUCCAAUGUGUUGCCAUUGUCUGGAACUGCUACCUGUCCUGGAAAGUGAAUCGGAUGUGAGGCAGAAGCCGUGUCCCAUCCCUGUCCCCAGCCUGUGCACUGCCUGACCCCACCGCAACUCAGAGCCCUUGGAGUGGGCACACAUGGCCGUGGACAGGCUGGGCCAUGCAGGGUCCUGGCAGCAACCAUCCCGCUCUUUUCUCGGGGGAACGCUGUCCCCUGUGGCCACAGCCCCCACUGCCGCAGGGAGAAGAUGGUGCCAAGGCAGGCCUGGAUCUGCUCUAGUUGUGCUGUGCAGCAACUCUGCCCAUGGAGCACUUCUCCAUCUGUGCUCAACCAUUUCCUAGCCCUUGCCUGCACACAGGGUGCUCCUGCCCUGAGUGUCACUCUGUCCUUCCCCAUGGCACAUCAUGGGGGAAAAGAGGAGCGGAAAUGGAGCAGGGCUGCCCCUGGGCUGGCUGUGCCAUGGGCACAGAACUGGGGUCACUGCUGGCUGGGGAUGCUCCCCCUGAAAAGGGGGUUUGCUGUGGACAGUCGGAGCAUCAAUAAAUGGUGGUUUUCACUCUUGA